CUUUCAGAGCCGCUCUCUAGUCUCUUCACAACUCUCUCUCUCUCUAGUCUAGGGCUCAUUUCUGAAACCCUUCUUCUUCUUCUUCUUCUUCAAUCCUUUCUCAUACUGUUCACCAAAUCAACUCUUUUUCACAUCUUUCUCUCUUCUAAAUCCCUAGGGUUUCUUUCUCGCUCCUCAUCCAUGGCGGCAGUGGCACCAGCAGUCAUUCCCAAAGCCCGAUCGUCCUCCUCCAAGACCGAAUCCUACGUUGACAACAAGCGCAAGGAGGACAUCCGCCAGGCCAACAUCAUCGCCGCCCGCGCCGUCGCCGAUGCCGUCCGCACCAGUCUCGGCCCCAAGGGCAUGGACAAGAUGAUCUCCGCCGCCAACGGCGAUGUCAUCAUCACAAACGACGGCGCCACCAUCCUCAACCGCAUGGAGGUCCUCCAGCCCGCCGCCAAGAUGCUCGUUGAGCUCUCCAAAUCCCAAGAUUCCGCCGCCGGGGACGGCACCACCACCGUCGUCGUCAUCGCCGGUGCCCUCCUCAAGCAGUGCCUCUCCCUUCUAUCCCACGGCAUUCACCCGACCGUCAUCUCCGACUCCCUCCACAAGGCAGCGAUCAAGGCCGUCGAUGUGUUAACCGCCAUGGCCGUCCCUGUUGAGCUCUCCGAUCGUGACUCGCUUGUUAAGUCCGCAAGCACCUCACUCAACAGCAAGGUCGUUAGCCAGUAUUCGACUUUGCUUGCGCCCCUUGCCGUCGAUGCUGUCCUUUCGGUUGUAGACCCCUCGAAGCCGGAUUUGGUCGAUCUGAGGGACAUUAAGAUUGUGAAGAAGCUCGGCGGGACAAUCGACGACACCGAGUUCGUUAAGGGUUUGGUGUUCGACAAGAAAGUGAGUCACGCCUCCGGAGGGCUAACCAGGAUGGAAAAUGCAAAGAUCGCGGUGAUUCAGUUCCAGAUUUCUCCGCCGAAAACAGAUAUCGAACAGAGCAUUGUGGUUUCUGAUUAUACUCAGAUGGAUAGGAUUUUGAAAGAGGAGAGGAACUACAUUCUAAGUAUGAUUAAGAAGAUCAAGGCCACUGGUUGUAAUGUUUUGUUGAUUCAGAAGAGUAUUCUGAGAGAUGCCGUGACCGAUUUGUCUCUUCAUUAUCUUGCCAAAGCCAAGAUUUUGGUGAUUAAGGAUGUAGAGCGCGACGAGAUUGAGUUCAUCACAAAGACGUUGAACUGUUUGCCCAUUGCGAAUAUUGAGCAUUUUCGUGCUGAGAAGCUGGGUCAUGCUGAUCUUGUUGAGGAGGUCUCGUUGGGAGAUGGGAAGAUUGUGAAGAUUACAGGGAUUAAGGAUAUGGGAAGGACUACUACUGUGCUUGUUCGAGGGUCGAACCAGCUGGUUAUCGCUGAGGCUGAGAGGAGUUUGCACGAUGCUUUGUGUGUCGUUAGGUGCUUGGUGAGUAAGAGGUUCUUGAUUGCCGGUGGUGGUGCUCCGGAGAUUGAGCUGUCGCGGCAAUUGGGCGCCUGGGCGAAGGUGCUCCACGGAAUGGAGGGGUACUGUGUGAGGUCGUUUGCGGAGGCGCUUGAGGUCAUUCCC